ACACACACUCACACACGUGUGCGCUCCUCCGCUCCGGAGCUGCUGCUGCUCCUGCGCUCAGCGCCGCAGUGGAAGGCAGGGCCGCACGGCUCCUUCUUUAAAUAUCUAAAUUGGAGCCGGCCGGCCUCGGCGGCCCCCCUGACAGCGCUCCCGGCGCCCCUCCCGCCGGCGCGCCAGCUGCCAGCCCCGGGACCUUUUCAUCUCUUCCCUUUUGGCCGGAGGAGCCGAGUUCAGAUCCGCCACUCCGCACCCGAAACUGACACACUGAACUCCGUUUCCUCCUCCUAAAUUUAUUUCUGCCUCAUAGCCACUCGUCUCUUUUUUCCCCAUCUCGUCGCUCCAAGAAAACUUUUUCUGACUCCCCAAAGUGAGGGUUCCCCCUGCCCAUCGUGCAUGAAUAUUUCCACUUGGGGAACGACCUGCCUUUUCUUUUUAAAGGAAUUCAAGCAAGAUACCUUUUUCUCUCGGACAUUGACUCUCGGUUGUUUGCAAAAGUUUCGCAUUAAAAAAAAAAGCUACCUGAUCUGUACUUGGAGAGUUGUUGUUUUCUUUUUUUUUUCUUGCUUGUUUUUACUUUUUAAAAAAAUUUUUUCCACCUUUAAAAAAAUGCACUACUGUGUGCUGAGCGCUUUUCUGAUCCUGCAUCUGGUCACGGUCGCGCUCAGCCUGUCUACCUGCAGCACGCUCGACAUGGACCAGUUCAUGCGCAAGAGGAUCGAGGCGAUCCGCGGGCAGAUCCUGAGCAAGCUGAAGCUCACCAGCCCCCCAGAAGACUACCCCGAACCCGAGGAGGUCCCCCCGGAGGUGAUUUCCAUCUACAACAGCACCAGGGACUUGCUCCAGGAGAAGGCGAGCCGGAGGGCGGCCGCCUGCGAGCGCGAGCGGAGCGACGAGGAGUACUACGCCAAGGAGGUUUACAAAAUAGACAUGCCGCCCUUCUACCCCUCGGAAACUGUCUGCCCAGUUGUUACAACACCCUCUGGCUCAGUGGGCAGCUUGUGCUCCAGACAGUCCCAGGUGCUCUGUGGGUACCUUGAUGCCAUCCCGCCCACUUUCUACAGACCCUACUUCAGAAUUGUCCGAUUUGACGUCUCAGCGAUGGAGAAGAAUGCUUCCAAUUUGGUGAAGGCUGAGUUCAGAGUCUUUCGUUUACAGAACCCCAAGGCCAGAGUCGCGGAACAACGGAUCGAACUGUAUCAGAUUCUCAAAUCCAAAGAUUUAACGUCUCCAACCCAGCGCUACAUCGACAGCAAAGUCGUGAAAACGAGAGCGGAAGGUGAAUGGCUGUCCUUUGAUGUCACGGAUGCUGUUCACGAAUGGCUCCACCAUAAAGAUAGGAACCUGGGAUUUAAGAUAAGUUUACACUGUCCUUGCUGCACCUUUGUACCAUCUAAUAAUUACAUCAUCCCCAAUAAAAGUGAAGAACUAGAAGCACGAUUUGCAGGUAUUGAUGGCACCUCCACAUAUACCAGUGGUGAUCAGAAAACUAUAAAGUCCACUAGGAAAAAAAACAGUGGGAAGACCCCACAUCUCCUGCUAAUGUUGUUGCCCUCCUACAGACUUGAGUCGCAACCAUCCAACCGGCGGAAGAAGCGUGCUUUGGACGCAGCUUAUUGCUUUAGAAAUGUGCAGGAUAAUUGCUGCCUGCGUCCACUUUACAUUGAUUUCAAGAGGGAUCUUGGGUGGAAAUGGAUACAUGAACCCAAAGGGUACAAUGCUAACUUCUGUGCCGGAGCCUGCCCGUAUCUGUGGAGCUCAGACACUCAGCACAGCAGGGUUCUCAGCUUAUAUAAUACCAUAAAUCCAGAAGCAUCUGCCUCCCCUUGCUGUGUGUCCCAGGAUUUAGAACCGCUAACCAUUCUCUACUACAUCGGCAAAACACCCAAGAUCGAACAGCUUUCCAACAUGAUCGUAAAGUCUUGCAAAUGCAGCUAAGAUUCUUGGAAAAGUGACAAGUCGAUAAUCACACAAUGACGAUAUUGAUGGCGGUGACGGCGGUGACGACAUUGGCGAUGUUUGUAACGAGAAAACACGAGAGAGCCUUGCUUCUUCAUCAGUGUUAAAAACAAAAAUCUGACCAAGCGGUACUAGUUCAAACACUUUGGAAGUUUGUGUUCUGUUUGUUAAAACUGGCGUCUGAAAAAAAAAAAAACACAAAAAGAGUUGAAGGCUUUAUUCUACAUUUCACCUACUCUGUAAGUGAGAGAGACGAGAAGCAAAACCUUUUUUUUUUUUAAGAGAAAAAAUAAACACUGGAAGAAUUUGUUAGUGUUAAUUAUGUGAAAGAAAAAAAAAAAACAAAAAACAGGAAAAUCCCGUUACGUGGAGUUGCUGUACAUACCGUUCCUACCCCAGGCCUCACUUGAUUUUUCUGUAUUGCUCUGCAGUAGGCACCCUUCCCAUUCGCCCUCUUAGAGUUAACAGUGAGUUAUUUAUUGUGUGUUACUAUAUAGCGAACAUUUCAUGACCCUUGGAAAAUAAAACAGGUGUAUAAAGUGGAGACCAAAAACUUUGCCAGAAACUCAAGGAUGGCUUAAGGAACUUGAACUCAAAGGAGCCAGAAAAAAAAAAAUAAAGAGGUCAUAUUAACAGGAUGAAAAUGCAA